CAACGCCCUGUAUCCCAGACCGGCGUGCGUACCACACACACGCAUCAACCGGUAAGGGGAUAACGGCUGCUACAGAACAUCGAGCUGCUGCUGAAGCAUCUGCAGCGCUGUUUGGCUGUCUUUUGUUUCAUUCCAGAUGUCAGAGACUGAUUGUCAUCAACACCACUGCUGAGGAUGUGUGUGAGUAUUUCGAUGCGAGUUCGGAUCGGAUGGAUUCAAUGAAAGGAAUAAUCCUACCGAGGAAAAACAUGACAGACACCCUGUUCCCCUGACGAAUCUAUGGGAUGCAGUCGUAGUUUGAGGCCGGGCAGGAUUUUAAUCUCUGGAGUUGCUGUAGUGAAUGCGGGAUGGUGUGCGCCGCACCCCGAGAUAUAUUGAUAAGGAGAACACAGCUCUGUCCUUUGAUGCCUCUCAUCCGAUCCGAUUUUUUCCUUGACUGUGGCGCACAGUGAGCAUCUUGUUUUUUUUUUUUACUAGCUGGGACUGUUUGGGGUACCUUCGGAUGUGGAGGGAUUUUGCUGUUUUAUCUGAAGGGAUCAACAGAGCACUGUUGCUUUCACCAAGAGAGGAGAACCAGGGCUGAGCUGCUCACCUGGUCAUUUUCAACACACAAUAAUAACCUUUCAGCAUGGCCGAGAGGACACAGGAGCAGGGCUCGGUCAGCAUCCCCAUGGAGGAGACCAAACUCCAUGGCGGUGCGCCUCCAGAGGUGCCACUGCUCACCCACUUAAAGAAAGUGGAGAACCACAUCACUGAGGCCCAGCGCUUCUCCCACCUCCCACGCCGCUCUGCUGUGGACUUGGAGUUCAAUGAGCUCUCGCACACCAUCCGCGAGGGUCCCUGGUGGAAGAGGAGAGGUUACAAAGCCCUCCUCAAGUGUCUGUCGGGAAGAUUCAACAGCAGAGAGCUGAUUGGCAUCAUGGGGCCUUCUGGAGCCGGGAAGUCCACUCUGAUGAAUAUUCUGGCGGGGUACAGGGAGACAGGCAUGAAGGGCCAGAUCCUGGUGAACGGUCGACCGAGGGACCUGAGGACCUUCAGGAAGAUGUCGUGCUACAUCAUGCAGGAUGACAUGCUGCUGCCACACCUCACUGUGAGGGAGGCCAUGAUGGUUUCUGCCAAUCUGAAACUGAACGAGAGCAUGCAAGUCAAAAAAGAACUUGUGGAUGAGAUCCUGACUGCUCUGGGUCUUCAGGAGUGUGCUCAGACACGCACCAACUCUAUCUCUGGGGGCCAGUGUAAAAGACUGGCCAUCGCCCUCGAGCUGGUCAACAAUCCUCCUGUCAUGUUCUUUGAUGAGCCCACCAGUGGUUUGGACAGCGCAUCCUGCUUCCAGGUGGUUUCCCUCAUGAAGUCUCUGGCUCUGGGAGGGCGGACAAUCAUCUGCACCAUUCAUCAGCCCAGUGCCAAGCUCUUUGAGAUGUUUGACAAGCUGUACAUCCUCAGUCAGGGUCAGUGCAUAUACAAGGGCACAGUCCCUUACCUCAUCCCUUAUCUGAAGAACCUGGGCCUCCACUGCCCAACGUAUCACAAUCCUGCUGACUUCAUCAUUGAGGUGGCAUCAGGGGAGUAUGGGGAUCUGAAUCCAGUGCUGUUUGAGGCAGUACAGGGUGGACUGUGCUCCGAGGAAGGCAAGAAGAACUCCAGAGACAAAAGUGACUCGUCCUGUCCCUCUCAAUGUCACAGUGACACAGGAACCCUUGAGAAACAUAGCUUUGCCACCAGUACAUUCACACAGUUCUGCAUCCUCUUCAAAAGAACCUUCAUUACGAUAUGCAGGGACACGGUGCUAACCCACCUCAGGGUGAUGUCCCAUAUUUGUAUUGGAGUGCUGAUUGGCUUGCUUUAUUUCAAGAUUGGAAAUGAUGCCAGCAGGGUCUUCAACAACACUGGCUUCCUCUUUUUCUCCAUGUUGUUCCUCAUGUUUGCUGCCCUGAUGCCCACCGUUCUAACCUUUCCCCUGGAGAUGUCCGUGUUUAUAAGGGAACAUCUCAACUACUGGUACAGCCUGAAGGCCUAUUACUUGGCCAAAACAAUGGCUGACAUACCUUUCCAGGUGCUUUGUCCAAUCUUGUACUGUAGUAUAGUGUACUGGAUGACUGAACAGCCACCAGAGGCGACUCGCUACCUGCUCUUUAUGGCCUUGUCCACAUCCACGGCCCUGGUGGCCCAAUCCCUAGGUCUGCUUAUAGGGGCUGCAUCCACGUCUCUGCAGGUGGCAACCUUCGUGGGUCCAGUCACAGCCAUACCUGUGCUCCUCUUCUCUGGCUUCUUCGUCAAUUUUGACACCAUUCCCAAAUACCUACAGUGGAGCUCUUAUAUUUCCUAUGUCAGGUACGGCUUUGAGGGGGUAAUACUCUCUAUCUAUGGGAUGAACCGGUCGGAGCUGGAGUGUCCGGGCGUGGUGUGUAAGUUUCAAAAGCCAGAGGAGGUCCUGCAGCUGCUGGAUGUGGAGGAUGCGAAGCUCUACGUGGACUUCAUGGUGCUGGGGGUCUUCUUCCUGGUCCUAAGACUGGCUACUUACCUGGUUCUGCGCUACAAAGUCAAGUCAGAGCGUUAAGACGUUGAGAGGCUAAUGGAUUUAGAUACUCUCACAUAUCCCAGCAGUGUGAGAUAGUAAGAAAACAUAUAGUCCUUCUUUCUCUGUCUUUCUCUGACUUUACAUACAUGUACAAAGACAUACACAAGUCCAGCACAUAAAAUCAUCAGAAAGCUGUGCUGCACCACCAAACUGUAUAGUAUAAUAUUAUCUUUUAAACGGUUUGUUAUUCAAGAAAAAAGUGUUGUUCUACUCUGUCUGCCCAUUAUUAGUUGUCCUUCAGGUAAUAGUAUUCUUUAGCUAACCAUUAUCUUCUAAAAGAUAUUGUGUAUCUGCAUUAUACAUAAACAGAAUAGCCACCAAAGUAACAGAAAGCAUGUGUCUUUAAACUGAGAUAUUUAGAUUUUUGGCAACUCCAAGAAAGGGCCACAUGAAUCAUCCUGAUUUAUGGGGAGCCAUAGAAACCAUAUUUGUGCAGGAGUGUCCAAUAGCUUGUAGCUUCUUAAUCCAAUGCCUAAAAAGAUCAUCCAAAAUCCACAUCGGAAUCCCGUUAAUUGGACAGCACCCAUCAAGAUGCCCCAGGAACAUGAUUUUGAGAUGGAUACCUUUUUAUUGUUGUGAGGAAAAGUGGAAACUUUCAGUGCCAGAAAACGUGUGUGCGGCUUCCCACUAUCCUGUAGGAUCAUCUCAUCAGGUAUCUUUACCAAGACGCUAAACACGAUGGCUUUUCUUUACGGAUCCUUUAUAAAUCGACUGCCAGUGGAUGAGUUUCCUCGCUUUUCAUCUGCAGUGUGGAGCAAUUUUGCAGGACCUUCUACCUGACCUUUGAAGGUGGUAGAACGUUUAGAUGUGAAUGAGAUGUUUGUAAAAAAAAAAAGAAAAAAAAAGUAAGUCAAGCAGUGUGUCUUAUACAAAGACUAAUAUAGAUGCACCCUGCGACCAGACCUGAUUCCUUACUUGCUCCCUAAUAUAGGCUAAUAUACCAAGGAAGCAUUCAGAAAGCAAGCAUGACUGCUGUGUCCAUCCUGAUGCAGAGGGCUGUUGCACAGAGAGAAUGAUGUUUUAGGUGAAGUGCAACAGCCUUUUCUGUGGAUAAAAAAAGAAUAAUCUUUUGACACAAUUCUUUGAACUGCUUGUGUCCACUCGUUGUAUGUCUCUUUAGCUGCCUCCUCCCUGAGCUACUCUAUCCUUCUCUUCUUCUGCUUUGCUGAUGUCUGACAGAUGUGUGUUGUCUAAAACAAUGCUAGAUAUAUGAAAUGCUGGCUGGGCAGUUUUGGUGCCUCUGCACUAGAAUGAUUUGAGUUUCCUCUGCUUCAUUGUUUGCACAUACACCUUAUGUCAACAAACAUGCUGGAACACACACACACACACACACACACACACACACACACACACACACACACACACACACACACACACACACACACACACACACACACACAAGGCAAUGUUUAGAAGAGCCUCUUCUUGUUGCUGGGCAAUGCAAAUGUUUUCCAAUAGACUUGCUAUUAAAAUAUUUCUUACUUAAACAAUGCUACUUAGUAAUCCUUAUUAUAAUGCAUAAAAUAGUGCAGAGUAUAUAAUCAAUGAUUGUACAGUGAAUAUGUCAUGCUGUAAACAAAUUUGCACUUUUCAAUGUAUGUCGAUUCUUUUUUAUUUAUUUGUAUUUUAUUUAAUUUUAAUAUAUCUAUGUGAUGAGUGCUGCUUGAAAGUACAACGGGAAAAACAGCAACCGAAUGUUGCAUGUUCACAUUAGAAAUGAAGUUCAUGAAAUAUAAAAUUUCAGAGUAAAGCGUAACGAUUUUAUUUCCUCAUCCAAAUGUAUGUAUUCUGCCUUGUUUGAGGAGAUGCAAAUCCUCUUCUUUCUGCUGAAAAUGUUUAGAAUAUGGAUUCAAGUGCAUCAUUGCUGUAGAUAAAAAACAAAAAGAAUCAGGAGUGAGAAGGUAAUGUAGAAAUGUGUGAAUUGUGCUGGAAGGUAGAAGGAUUAACAACAGUCAACCAAAUGUAUAAUUAUGUAGCUAAGGAGAUUGGCGGUCUCUUUAGGAACAAACUGGAUCAGAAAGCAGAUCAGUGAUCACUGUUCAGCAGGUGGAAUCCUGCACAGACAGAAGGCUGUAGGUGGACGUUUGGAUUCUGUCAUUAAUAGCAAUAGCCAACAUUGAGAUGUUUAAUUGUUAUACAUCCCAAUGUCAUAAAUCAGUUCAUAUGUUUUAUAGUAAGAGCUUGAUUUGAGUCAUUUUGUUCUUACCAGUUUAAUUAUCUGCAAUAAGCAUCCAAAUGGUGUUUUAACUCUAUGAGAAUUUCAUGAAGGGACAAUGUGACACUGCAACACCCCAGCCCAUCUUUUCAUUUUAGUUGUGUUUUUGUUGAUUCUAUUCAGUUACUAAUUUGGUGGACAUGUUUACUGGAUGACCCUCUUAAGGAUUCAAUUGGAGGGACAGAAGCAGAAUCACAAUAAUAAUAAUAAAAUGUACUGUAGAUGGGUGCUGCUGGAUAAAAUAAAACCACCGGACAUCUUAAUGUCAGACCCCGUCAAAAUAAUUGGUUCUCAAUGUGUAGCAUGGGAGAAAUACUGCAUGAAGCCAGUUUUACUGCCAACACUGCAGAUAGGCUAUGUGUUUUAACCUUCCCCCAAUUAUAUCAAAAGCCAUGAGUUGGUAGCAGACCUGCAGGUGUGACUUUGUAUGGUAAAAGAAAAUAAAAAAUAGCUCCAGCCCCAGAACAAAGCAGGGAUAAUUAGCAGUGUUGAAGUCAUUAACCUGUCUGGAAACGUCUCGGCCCGAGGUCUGAAGGCCUGUGGUACCAAAGAAGAAAACAAAUCAUCCUUCUUCUGCUGCAAAAUGUAGAGGGUGCACCUCUCACUGAGAUUAUGUUGUCAAAUGUUCUCAUUAAUUUUCUCACCAAAGAAAGAGCUCUGAAAAGUAAUUGAAAUCCCACUGGAUUUUCCUGAUUUCACGAUUUUUAAUCCUCCUAAAAUUAUCAUGUUUUUUAAGAUUUGUUUCCCAGUGUCCCUUCCAGGUCAGAAAAGUGAUAUGUAUGACAGAUAUGAUUUGGCUCCAGUGGAGAUAAUAAAAUCAUGUGUAAGCAGUAUUCUGCAUGUGCGAGAUGCAGCUGAUGAGCGUAUGUUCAAAUGUUCAAAAAUGCUUUGUUUGUCCUAAUAAACCACCUGGCUUUAAUGCACUCUAUCAUGCAUGGAAAAUAAUAAUAUGCAGGCUAUCAGAAAGCCAUGGUUGUCUGGUUGAUAAUCAGUAAUAGAAUGGAAGGCUGUUUAACACCGGAUGUUUCUUUUUAUUUUUGUUUGAUAUAAUUUGUUUAUCAUUUACGGUUAAAUUUAUGGUUUCUCUACUCCAAAAAAUGCAAGUUCUGUAUACUGAACGCUGUUCUGAGGAUUAUAAUAAAGAUCAUUUAUAACCUUU